UCCUCUCCAGCAGCAUCUUGAAUUUGCCUCCGGAGAGUCAAGGUCAAGCCCCACCAUGGAAUCAAUCAAGUGGAUACCCCAAGAAGCCUUCAACCAGACCCAGUCCAGCUCCCUCCUGCAUGACCCCGUGGAGGGGAAGAACAGCACUGGCUCUGCCAGGACCCUGAGGCUGCUGGAUGCAACCAGCGCCGCCUGGUACAUCCUCACCAUCAUCGGCAUCUACGGGCUGAUCUUCCUCUUCCGGCUGGCCAGCAACAUUCUCGGGAAAACUGAGAGGUCCUUGGAGGAUGUUUACUACUCAAACUUAACUACUGAGCUCAAAAGGAAAGAGUUUCGGAACAAGAUGGCCCAUUGUCCGUCACUGAUCAUCAGCAACGCCGCCGCCCUUCAGCCUCAGCAGCUCAGCCUGGAGCCAACAUGUGAAGACGGCAGGCUCCACGUGGGAGCCCAGGUGGUCCCCUGAAGGUCAAGGCCUCCAGACCAGUACUGGGAGGCAGUUUGGGGCCUGCCUGUGAUCUUGAGAAAAGAACCCAGUCCUGGAAUAGGGCAGGGUAAGCAUCUCUGGUCAUGGACACUUCGGGCUAUCAGAGUGUGGACAAACCACAAGCAGCUUGUCUUCAGGUGACAACGGGGUGUCAGCAGUCACCAGCUGCUGUCUUCAGGUGAUGGAGUCUCAACAGGUGAAGGAGUAGUGACAGUCACCAGAUGCUGUUGCCAGGUGUUUCUGGUGUGAUCAGAGGAGACAGUUGAAUCCACAGGUUGGAGGGACCAGGGUUCUCAGAUGGAUUCAGGAUACUCCUGACCUGGGGCAAAAGGAUGGCUUCUUGUCAUGGGAUGAAGGCUGAUCUUGGGGUGGGAUGCUCAGGAAUAGCAUCGACUUCUAGGGAUUGCAUACACAUUUGAGAGCCAGUCACCUGGAAUAUGUGGGAGCUGAUAUGGUCUGUCCCCAGAAGUGACUUUGUCCAUUGAAUUUAGGACGAAAGUUGUUCAUAGUAGAAGCUAAGAAUUCUUCAUUGUUUUUCUAGAAGAGUCUGAUUCUCUGAAAAAAGCAUUCAUUUUUUGAUUCAGGUGUUCCAGACUCUGGGCCGGGCAUGUUCAGCCCUGUUUGGAUGUCUGGGAAUUUAUUGCUGCACUUCUCUGAGCAUAGAUGGGUUUCUAGGUCACACGGGAAGAGUGCUGCCAGCCAGUCAUGCCAUGUGGACGUGCUCCAGUGAGAGCGUGUAUGUGAGUGCACUUUGAAAUGGAAAGCACACCUGGAAGUGGCGGUGUGUCGCAGUGGUGAUGGUGUGGAGACUGUGGGCACAGCUAAGGCUUCUAGUGAGGCGGCGUCGAGGGCAGCAAUGGUGCUGAUGGAGUUAGGACCUCGUGAUUAUCAGAAUGUGGCAAGUCACCCCUUUGCUUUUUAAAUUGAGUUUUAGUUAGACUUCAGACUUAACUACUGUAUUUCCAUACAUUGUUAUACUACGUUUUUGUGAAUGCUCUCUUGGUCCCUGCUCUUCUCUUGCUGGUCCCUCCCUGAAGUGUCCCCUCUGCCUUCAUGUCACACACAGUGUGACCUUUUCUUGUCUCUCUCUCUUUAGACCUUCACAUCCUCUCCCAUAGCUUUUCUCUACUUUCCUGUGUACACAUACAAGCACACACAUGCAUGCACAUGCACACACACAUAUAAUUCAAUCUAUAUCUACACAGCUAUGUGUGUCUCUAUA